AUAUUUUAUAUUCUAAAAUAUAUAUCAUCGUAUACAAAUCAUAAUAACUGUCUUAGUCCUAAAACAUUUUUCUUUAAAUCUAAAAAGCAAACGUAAAAAAACUAACAUCAAAAACUUAUGAAAGCGCGCUAAACGAUAUUACACGAACACGCAAUGUAUCUCCCGCAUAUAUUUAAUGUCGCCAUAACAUUAAAAAUAAACACGAAAACGAAAGACAAAACCAUGAACCACUCAACCGAUUGUAUCGUAUCAUAAAUAGAAUCCGAAUACCCAUGAAACAUAUGAUUGCAAGCGAAAAACGCGUGAAAGACACAACGCGACACCCAAACCGGCCAGUCCUACGAAUACCCUAGCCCUCUGCGGACGCGCGCGGGAACUUUUUAAAAAGUAAAAAAUCUUGUCGUUGAUGUGUGAGUGAUGGAAUUUAAAAAGUUGUUUCGGCGGGAAAGCGCAAGGAUUUUGACAGAUGACAGCCGCUCUGAACAGUUGUCGUAGACGCUGACCGCUGCGAGGACGCUCGACCGAUGGGCAAGACCUCUGGCGGACGAGAUCCACCACGACCACAGCGGAUAGCUCAUAGAAGAUGUCAGCGUCCGGGGAGUGAGCUGCGGCGCAGCGUCGCCCGAAAAGACUUGCAGCUAGAGGGCCGAGGCGCGUGGGGAGGGCGCGUGCGCGGCGCCGGCGCGGCGCGGCCCGGCUGGCGGCGGCGCGAGAGGGACCAACCGCGCAGGCCCAUGGAGAUGCUAACCAGCCUCUACGCUCUGCUGUCGGGCGGGCAAGGUGUCAACCCUAAGAUCGACUCGAUUGCCUUCCGGCUGCACUGCGGCGCCACGACGGCAGCGCUGCUGGCCGCCAGCGCGGCUCUCACCACGCGCCACCUCGUUGGCAACCCUAUCGAUUGCAUACACACGAGGGACAUUCCGGAGGACGUGCUGAACACAUACUGCUGGAUCCACUCGACGUUCACAGUGGCGGGGGGCGCGGGGGAGGCGUACCCGGGGGUGAAGGGCGCGGGGGCGGCGCCCCACCGCCGCGCCAAGUACUACCAGUGGGUCGCCUUCACCUUGUUUCUACAGGUUAGUGGCUUACAGAAAGAAAAUGUACUUUUGCAGAGCAUUUUUUACAAAACGUCCUUUUAA